AUGCGAAGGGGCCUUAGGCCUGGAGGUGUGGAGGUUAUAACACCUGACCUAGUCAAAAUUGCAUCCAAAGAAGAGGCCAAUCCAAAUCCUUUAGCAGACCUCCCCACGCAAUACUGCAAAUUUGCUAAAGUGUUUGGUGAAGAGGAAUUCAAGGUCUUGCCUCCCCAUUGGGAGUACAAUAUAGCAAUUGACCUUAUUCCUGAUGCCAAACUCUCCCCUGGACCAAUCUACGGCAUGACAGAUGCAGAAUCCAAGGCCCUCAAACAACACAUUGUGUCCUGGACGUCCUUAAGGGGCGUCAAGGUAGCGGGCGCUUGA